UCUUUUCAUUAUAUUUUGUGAUGUUUAAUGAUUUUUUUUUUUAAAAAAUGUGCCAAAAAUAUUUGUUAAAGAUUCGUAAAAACCAAUGGUUUAUUAUUCAAAAUAAGAUGUGAUUAUAUAUGUAAUUUAUUCAUCAAUUGAAAAAUGAUACAAAAAUUUAAAUUUUUAUCCAAACGAACCAAUUCUUGUGAACAAAAUGAUGAUUAUAAUAAUAAUGAUAGCUCUGUAAUAACAUCCGGUUCGGAAAAGAAAUUGGUUAGCCGUAAUGCUGUCAUUUGUUCAUCGGGAAAGGAUAAAUAUCGUCAUGAUAGUGAAAGAGCCAAUAUUCCAAUACGACCAGUUAAUUCGGAAUUGGAAUAUGUUCCAGAAAGUAAUAAUAAUAAUAAUAAUCAUCUUAAGGUUAAUAAUCCGAUUCAUGCAUCAAGACAAUCAAUGUAUUGUACGAAUGAUUUGAUUGCCAGUACAUCAUCAUUAUGUCCUUCACAUCAUUCACAAUUAAGUCGACAAAAUUCAACCACUAGCCAGGUGGUCAAAAGACAUACGGUCGUCAAUCGUUUGGAUCUAGAAUCAUCAAUGAUGAUUGGUGGAAAAUUUCAGAAUCCAUGGCCCAAUUAUAGAUCGCCUACAUUCACCAAUAUUCUUAAGCUAGGACUUUCACGUGACAAAAGCAAUGUUGCAUCGAAAAAAGAUCUGAAUCAACAUUUACCCAUUCUGGAGCCGAAUAUUUCAACUGAACCACCAGAAAAUUCAUUUCGAAUCACUUGGUUAGGUCAUGCUUCUGUGUUGGCCGAAUUCGAUAAUAUGGCAGUAUUGACUGAUCCAAUGUUUAGCGAAAGAGCAUCACCUAGUCAAGUGAUUGGUCCAAAACGUUAUCGCGAUCCUCCAUGCACGGUUCAUGAUCUUCCUUCGAAUCUGGAUGCCGUUGUCAUAUCACAUUCACAUUAUGAUCAUCUUGAUUUAAACACUGUCGUUCUAUUAAAUGCAAGAUACGGCUCGGAUCUUCGAUGGUUCAUUCCUAUCGGUCUAGGUGAUUGGUUUGGUCGAGUUGGCUGUGAAAAUGUUGUCGAAUUAGAUUGGUGGGAAGAGAAUUGUGUACCCGACAAAAAUGAUGUUUCAUUCGUAUUCACACCAUCACAACAUUGGAGUAAACGAACAUUGACUGAUGACAAUAAAUCUUUAUGGGGAAGUUGGGUAGUUAAAGGUCCUCGUUAUCGAUUCUUUUUCACCGGUGAUACCGGUUUUUGUGAUGUAUUCAAACGAAUUGGAUCUAUAUAUGGCCCAUUCGAUGUGUCGGCCAUCCCAAUUGGAUCGUAUGAACCACGAAGAUAUAUGAAAUAUCAGCAUAUUAAUCCAGCUGAAGCUGUUCAACUACAUAAAGAUUUACGAAGUAAAUUUUCUGUAGCCAUUCAUUGGGGCACAUUUGCUUUUUCAGAUGAACAUUUUUUAGAGCCACGUAAUCAAUUACGAAUCGAAGCCGAAAAGGCUAGGAUUAAUUGUAAAAAAUUUGCCACAUUCAUGCAUGGUGAAACUCGUAUCAUCACCCCUAGCGGAAAGGUUGAAUCAACUCAUCAGAAUAAAAUUGUUACAUAAAUCAUUGUAUAUCAUAAUUUACCUUUUUUUGAUCUUCUGUGAUAUUUUAAUUUUACUUUGUCUUAAUAAAUUCAAAUUCAAUCAUUG